AUGAAGACCUUCAUUGAGACAAUUGAUGUAGGAAGCCGAUCCGCGGCCGUCCUCGAGUGCGUGGACGACAAGGUACUGAUCGUAGCGACCACGCUAACAACGGCCACUAUCUUUGAGCGUCUUAGACGAGAGUAUGGGGUACCAUCGACGCCAUGGAACACUCGGAAAGCCCUUAGAGAUAGAAAACAACUGACAGGAGAGUCAGUUGGCGAAUACCAACGCCAGCUCCGCGUGUUGGUCCACGAAGUUUUCCCAGACUCCAGCUUCGCUGAUCUGGAAACAAAGAUUUUAGACAUCUUUUUAGAAAGUGUAGCUAGUGAUGAGGUUAGGCGUGAGUUUGCUCGUUCCACACCAGCCACCAUUAAGAAGGCCCUAGAGUAUGCCCAGCAAGAGGAAGCGGCCUUCAUUGCCGUGCCCCAACGUGCCCCAACCGAUGACUCGCGACAAAUUCGGUCCCAGGCCUCCACCGUCAGUUGGUGUCUACGCCACGAAGCAGUGCCAAACCCGCGAAAUUGGCAGCCAGACUGCUCAAUGGCAAAUGGACCCUCCUAUGGCUUCCCUCAACCGUGGCAGGGUUUUUCACAACAUUGGCAUGGUCCGCCACUGAAUGCUGCUGCCUGGACUGGUCCUCUACAACCGACCUCGCCUUUGCGAGGCCCUCCACCGCCCACUCAACGAGGUAAUUGGAGACAACAGCGGGCCAGACAGACCACCCCCAUAUUUUUUUGGAAUUUAUUUUUUGGAAUUUAUAUUUUUCAGCGCCGGUACGGCACUACCUGUACAAAGUAG